AUGAUUAUAAUAUAUUUGACUCUCAUGCUUUCUCCAGCCAUUAUGGAUGGAACUGAAGAUGUGAUAUUAAAUUUUGGGGAAGAAGAUGAAGUAGAUCGGAGAAAAAAAGUAAAACAUCCAUUUGCAGUGUUUUUCCAUUUGGUCUUCCGUUGUGCAUCCAUUGUUGCCUAUCUGUUUUGUGGAUGGUUCAGCUCUAGUUUUAUAGCCAGUUUUGUUCUCAUUGUUCUCUUUUUGUCCAUGGACUUUUGGGCUGUCAAAAAUGUCACAGGUCGGUUAUUAGUUGGUUUGCGUUGGUGGAAUUAUGUGGAUGAGGAUGGUCAGAGUCAUUGGGUGUUUGAAUCUCGAAAGGGCUCUGCAAAGAAUAAGAUCACAGCUGUUGAGUCACAAAUAUUUUGGUUAUCAUUAGUUAUCUGUCAAAUUAUCUGGAUUAUAUUGUUCUUUGGGACGAUCUUCACACUCAACUUUGAGUGGUUUAUGGUUGUUGUUGUUGGGAUUAUCAUGAAUGGUGCCAACGUUUAUGGAUAUGUCCGCUGCAAAUUAGGGUCCAAGAAAUCAAUCAGCAGCGUGGCCUCAAAUUUCUUGGGGAAACAAAUUUUCCAGUCAUUAAAGAUUGGAGUUGUUCCAGAAAAGACACCAGAAAACAUGAAUGAGUCAAAGUUUUCUAAUUGA